AUGGCAUUCAAGUUUGUCGUCCUUGCUUGCAUCGUAGCGACCGCUAGCGCUGGCUUACUUCCAGCUGCUCCCGUCGCUUACGCUGCUUCCCCAGCCUACCACGGUGCCCAGGUGUACCAAGCUGCCCCAGCCUACCACGGUGCCCAGGUGUAUCAAGCUUCCCCAGCCUACCACGGCGCCCAGGUCUACCAAUCUGCCCCUGUAUACCAGGCUGCACCUGUAUACCAUGCUGCGCCAGUAGCUAAAUACGCCGUAGCCCCCGUCGCUAAGGUCGCCGUUGAAGAAUACGACCACCACCCCCAAUACAGCUUCGCUUACGACGUUCAAGAUGGUUUGACCGGUGACUCCAAGACCCAACACGAAUCUCGCGAUGGUGAUGUCGUCCAAGGCUCAUACUCAGUUGUAGACCCUGAUGGCCACAAGCGCACCGUUGACUACACCGCUGACCCACACAACGGCUUCAACGCUGUAGUCCGUAGAGAACCCAUCGCCGUUAAGGCUGUCGCGCCCGUCGUUGCCAAGGUCGCCGCACCAUUGGUCCACGCUGCCCCAGUCGCCUACUCAUCUCCUGCCUACUACCACCACUAA